AUGGGAAGUAAGGGCGCCCUCGUGUGUCUGCUGCUUGUUACUGCAGCUGUCCUGCAGUGCUCGUCUCAGCACUGGUCACAUGGCCUGAGUCCCGGUGGAAAGAGAGAAGCUGACUCUCCCAGAGAAUCACAAGUGAUGGAGGGUCUCCCCAGGAGAGGAGGGGCACGCUGUGGGAGUGACACCAGAGAGGCAGCCAAUCAGGAAAGGCCCAGCACACUGGAACAGCUGAUCAGCCUGAUGAGCAGAGCAAAUGAAGUUUAUGACUGA